UUUUGAUUUUGUUUGUCGUUCCUAUUUGUAAAAUAAAAAACUCAAAAUUUAUUGUUUUACUGUUUUAGAAUGUCUGAUGACUUUCUGACAUUCUUGAAAUUCAGCAUGCACUGCUUUAAGUACAUUUACAUUUACUUUGUGUGCAUUCACCUGCUGGAGCAUGCGGUGCAAGGCCAUGACAGCGGCUCCAAUUGAGGAUGGGAGCGUUU